ACAAGCACUCACGUGUCGAGUUAUUGUGCUGCUCGAUCCAUGAUUCACAUUUCACACACACCUAACAGAGAGACUACAAUAGCUGGCCUUAGCUCAAAGCCCACUUAGCCAGUAUCCAUAAAAACGCAAUCUGUGGGCAUUGGCUAUGGUCUCCCUCUACAACUUCCCACAGAGAUGGCUCAGUGCACGUCUCUAGCCCUCUGUUUCUCUAUCAUGCUAUUCACUUGUGCUUGAUUGUAAUGAAUGCUAUGCUUUGAAAUUCAUCUUCUUGGAAGAAGAUGGCUUCUGAUCAACCAAAUUUUCCAUUAGCUUUAGAUGCUUUGUAUUGUGAGGAGGAACAUUGGGAUAAUGGAGGAGUUGAAAACAGAGUAGAAGAGAGCAGAUUUCUUUCUGAUUUCGUAAAUUGCCAACGUCCAGUGGUGUUAUUGGAGCAGGAUUUGUUUUGGGAAGAUGAAGAGUUGAGUACUUUGUUGUCGAAAGAGCAGGAAAAUGAACUGUACAAUGGGAUUCAAGAGAACCCAUCUUUGGCUAAGGCCAGAGGUGAGGCAGUAGAGUGGAUGCUCAAGGUUAUUGAAUAUUACUCUUUUUCAGCCCUCACUGCGGUUCUUGCAGUUAACUAUUUGGAUAGGUUCCUCUGUGGCUUUCAUUCUCACAAUGAGAAGCCAUGGAUGACUCAACUAGCAGCUGUGGCUUGUCUUUCUUUGGCUGCAAAAGUUGAGGAAACUCAAGUGCCUCUUCUUUUAGACUUCCAAGUGGAAGAGUCUAAAUAUGUGUUUGAGGCGAAAACAAUUCAAAGAAUGGAGAUUUUAGUCCUGUCCAUACUUCAGUGGAAGAUGAAUCCAGUGACCCCACUUUCAUUUCUCGAUUACAUUGCAAGGAGGCUGGGAUUGAAGAGCAAUUUGUGCUUUGAAUUUCUCAGGAGAUGCGAGUGCUUGCUUCUGUCAAUCAUUGCUGAUUAUAGAUUCAUGUGUUAUCUGCCUUCUACACUAGCCAAUGCCACAAUGCUGUACAUUUUCAGUAGCUUACAGUCUUGCAUUGGAAUAGAAUACCAAGAUCAACUAUUAGGCAUUACGGGAAUCGACAAGGACAAAGUGGAGGAAUGCAGUAGUCUAAUACAGGAGGUGGCAACAAGGAUUCAGUUCCAUUCAUUGAACAAAAGAAAGUUUGGAUCAUUGCCAGGCAGCCCCAAAGGGGUUGUGGAUGUUUCUUUUAGCUUUGAUAGCUCAAAUUAUUCGUGGGAAGUGUGUACUUCAGCAGCAACAUCAGUUUCUUCCUCACCAGAGCCUUUAUCCAAGAAAAUCAAGAAUCUGCAUACUUCAAAUGAAGCAGAUACUUUUAGCUAUUCCCACCAAGUCCAAGACUAAGACUCUUCAUUUCCAAUUUUCAUUUCACCAUGUAGAUGAUGAUGAAGAAUAAGAUUUUAUCUGUUGUAAUGUGUUAAAUUGCCUACCAUCUUUCCAAAUCAUUUGAUGUGUUUGAAGUGUAAGGUGAAGAUGGUUGGCAUUUUAGCAUCCGGGAUGAAUCCAUUGAAUAAUUUCAUUUCUAUUUAUGGGUAUCUUUUUAUUUUAAUUAA